CACUGCGGGGCGGACCCCUGGCAGAGCCAGAAGUGCGUGCUGCUGGCCCCGGCAGGAGCGGCGGGUUCCAGGCCGCCGCCCACGCCGCGCCCGCGGCCGCGGACGGCGCUGGUGAUGGGCCUGUACCACAGCUGCACGAACGCGGUGGUGGAGGAGCUGCGACUCCGGUUUGACGUCCAGGUGCUGAACGACUGGACCCACAAGGGCGAGUGCUGGAAGCAUCGCGCCCGCAGGGAGCGGCCCGCCGCGCUGGGCGCUAGCGGCGGGGGCGCGCCCGCGUUCUGCCUGCUGCUGGUGAAGGAGCCGCGCUUCUGGCUGCGCAGCCUCUCGCGGUGCGCGCGCAACUUCCACGCCGCACGCCCCGUCGAGCGCCUGGGCGGGGAGUGGAAGGAAGUUGGCAGUCCCGGGCUCCGGGAGCUCUUCGGGCCAGUGGAGCACGACGGCAUCUGCCACCGCGACGCCCUGGACCUGUGGGCGGCCACGGUGGGGUCGUACUUCGACGACGAGGUGUACCCGCCGGAGAGCUCCCUGAUCGUGAGAUCCGAGGAUUUCCUCUUCCGCUUCGAGGACGUGAUGGACGUACUGGGGACCAUCUUCGAGCCCGCGGCCGCCGCCCCCCCCGCACGCCCCAUCGACGGCAGGGCCAAGGGGCACAAGGAGUCCCGCACCCGCGACGAGGCCCUGAGGUUCUACGCCAGGGAGGAGAACAUGACCGCGGGCUUCGACCCGGACCUGCUCCUCGCUGUGGGCGCCCGUCUCGGCAGCGGCUGGGCCCACGAGCUUGCUGCCGCGCUGCGCUACGCGGGCCCGGCGGCCGUGUCGUCCUGGCUGCCCGCUGGCUUCCGCGCGGAACCGGAGUUCGUCGCCUCCCAUCUGCACCGGGUGCUCUGGCUCGACCUGGAGCCGGGCUCGCAGUGCUGCGCCGCGAGCCAGUGCGGCCUGGAGCGGGAGGGCAUGGCCCAGAUCGCAGAACGGGUCAAUGCCCCCGCACGGAUCGCGGAGUGGCUCGCGGGCAGCGGCGGCGACGUGCCAACCUCUGACAACUUCGAGUGCGCGGCGCGGGCGGAGAGCUUGGCGGGCGCGCUGGGCCCGGAUGCUGCGGCGGAGAUGGCUGGCGUGCCCGAGCCAGAGUUGGCGGCGCUGCUCGUGGAGUGCCGUCGGUGGCACGCCUGGUUUGAGGCCCUUGCCGGCAUCCGCGCCCAGGGUCGCCGGGGGGAGGCGUACCUGGUGGUGGAGGGCCAUGCGGCCUGCUGCCACGGCCUCCAGGCCAUCCUGGGCAGGUGCCUGGAGGAGCUGGACAGGCUGGACGCAGGGUGGGAGGUGCUGCAGGUCGGCUUCGUGCGCGUUCGCAGCUCGGUAAAGAGCCCGGCGGUGGCAGGCGGGCGCGCGGCCGAGCCGCUGAGGCUGACCGGCUGCGCGGGCCUGGUGGUGCGAGGGCCAGAGGGCGCGCGCAGCCUCCUCUCGCACGCGUUCCCGAGGCUGUCGGGCGAGCGCUUCGACAUCCGGCUGAGGCACUGCUACAGCCGUGUCCGCUUCUACUGCUCGCGCGUGCCGCUGGUGGCCGCGCCCCCGCCCCCCGGCCCCGAUCCGGAUCUCCGGAGGUUCGCGCCCGAGGCGGCGGAGGAGGUGCUGAGCGCUUGGCGCCAGCAGGCCGAGCGGACGCUGGCGGCCGCGACCGUCGACCUGCAGCAGGCGCAGGGAUAG